AUUUAAAUGUGUGUGUUGUAUAUUUAAAUGUGUGUGUGUGUGUGCCUUCAUGUUGUUCCCUGAGUUUUCUGUGUAAAUGUCUGUGUGUGUGGGGGGGUUUUCUUGUUCUGGGUAUACAGACAGGAUGACCAGUCUAGAGGAGGUUCCCUUUAAGAGCCCUCUGGGGCCACUACAGGAGCUGGGGCCCCUGGGAGGAGAGAUAGAGCUGGUUACGGCCCCAGAGUUCACCAUACCAGACCACCUCCAAAUACUACAAGACACUGAGUAUGAGUUCACCUUAGAGAACUGGGUGAUGUCUGCGCUCCAUGGAGGAUGCUGCCGACCCUGGGAUGCCCCGCCCCCAUCCUGUCCUCCGUACUGGCUCAUGUUCUCUAGUCCCCAGGAGAGGCGCUCGGCCAGCAGGUGGAACAGUGAUCUGCGGGGCUCUGCUCUCCGACCAAGGAGCCACAGCCUAAGCUCUGUGGACACACGUCACCUUAACCACCACCCUCAACCCCACCCCCACCACCGCUGCCAGCAUAGCCACCGAAAAAUCAAGUUAAUGGUCUCCGACUCGGAAGACGAAGCUGGCUACUCAGAAGAUGACGAGGGCUCCUCCACUGAAGAUAACGCCUCAGACUCAAAGACACACCGUGGAGCCUAUCACGGUGGUGAACGGCCUCGGUCGCAAAGCUCUGCACCAAAACACCCAUUAUCCAGAGUCAAAGACCACCAUCUUGGAUCUUCAGGAUCUUCCUCGGCUCAUCACCACUCUAACCAGCCUUCCACUGGUGGUGAACGACCACGGUCGCAAAGCUCUGCACCAAAACACCCAUUAUCCAGAGUCAAAGACCACCAUCUUGGAUCUUCAGGCUCUUCCUUGGCUCAUCACCACUCUAACCAGCCUUCCACUGGAGGUCGAGGCUACCAGGGUCGCAACAGGAGGGCCAACUCUUCCUCCGUCCUGGACUGCAGGAGGCAAGGGUCAUUCACCGGGCUCAAACAGGAGCAGGGGCGUACCAUCAGCCCACUUUGCCAUGGUCAGGACAGCAGUCCCCAGUGCCAUGGCGAUCAGAGGCCCUGCAGGAAGGAUUUCAGAAGCCAGCAGCAGGUGUCAUCGUCCUCUGGCCUGGAAGAGUCUUUUGUGCGGGCCGGUAGCCCUCAGUGCCAUGGUCAGGCCAGCAGUCCCCAGUGCCAUGGUCAGGCCAGCAGUCCCCAGUGCCAUGGUCAGGCUAGCAGUCCCCAGUGUCAUGGUCAGGCUAGCAGUCCCCAGUGCCAUGGUCAGGCCAGCAGUCCCCAGUGCCAUGGUCAGGCUAGCAGUCCCCAGUGCCAUGGCGAUCAGAGGCACUAUAGCAGAAAGAGGCAGCGUUCUUUGUGGUCAACGGGAAGGAAAAACUCCGUGACCCCACAGCAGCCACAACGACCCGCUUCAGCUGGCCCUGAAAUCAAGAACAACAGGCAGACUACUCUGCGUCCGCGUACCUCACACGGCAUUGGCUGUGACUCAUCUGCAGAGUUGCUGACGGCCCUAAGUCAGGAAGAGAGAGAGCUACUGGAGGCCAUCACUGAGCAGGGCUACCCUCUACACACUGCCAUCCUGGCUUUGCAGAAGACUGGCCACCGCAACCCACAACAGAUCCUGAGUUACCUGGUUGCCAGUGACCGUCUGUGUGCGCUGGGCUACGAAGAGGCUCAGGUGGAGGAGGCCAUGGAGAUGUUCCAGAACUGUGAGAGCAAGGCUGGUGAGUUCCUGCAGCUCCUGGCUCAGUUCAAUGAGAUGGGCUUCCAGCAGAGUGCCAUCAAAGAGGUUCUACUGGUCCACGAGAACCACAGGGAGAGGGCCCUGGAGGAUCUAAUGACACAGCACAACUAAUGGCUGUUAUACAAGAGAUUCUACUG